AUGUCGUACCUACAGAACCAACUCAAGAGCUUUAAUGCCAGUGUCGUGGAGUCGGCAAACCGCAUGCCUCAGCAGCGACGUGUGGUGGCCAACCAACCGACAUCUGCCAGCAGUUCCCAAGUCCCCUCGUCCGCACCGACCCCAUCAGCCUCCGGCGAGAUCAAAAAGAAGCGCCAUGAUCCGGACAUUGUAUACUCCCAGCCGGCCAACACGGGCACGGGAAAGGAUAUCAUGACCCAAGUGCUGUUCGCGAUCGAGCACAUGAAGAACAAGAACGUGGCGCUGAAAUUCUCGGACAUCAUCUCAUAUCUCUCGCUCCAGCAUCGCGCCCAUGACCAAGGCUACGUCCAGGCUCUUCGGAGCAUUCUGCAGAUGCAUGAAAAGGUUGAAUUCGACCCCAGCGGUGCAAACGGAGAGGGCACAUUCCGAUUCCGCCCACCUCACAACAUUCGCAACUCGGAGCAACUCCUCAAGCACCUUCAAGCCCAGACUACUGCGGCGGGUAUGAGUGUCCGCGAACUUCGGGAGGGCUGGCCCGGUGUUGAGGAGGAAAUCAACCAGAUGGAGAAGGAAGGAAAGCUGCUGGUGACUCGCAACAAGAAGGAUGACCAUCCAAAGAUGGUAUGGCCGAAUGAUCCGUCCCUGAUCGAGCACUUCGACGAUGAGUUCAAGCAGAUCUGGGAGAAGAUCAAGGUUCCUGAUGUGAAUAUUGUGAAGGAAGAGCUUGAGAAGUUCGGCAUCACACCCACCAACAAGAACAAGGUGGUUGGUCCCCGCAUUGUGCCAGCGUCUAAGAAGGCCAAGAAGCCGCGUCGAAGUGGCAAGACAACCAACACUCAUAUGACGGGCAUUCUCAGGGAUUAUUCGCAUCUCAAACGGUAA